UCUGUUUACAGUGUCGCCUGUAAAUUUGUUGAACGAACACUAGCAGCAAUGGCAGGCACCCAGAUGAGGUCGCUGGUGGGCGGUCAGGCCCAGACGUCGGCGCCUCGCGCCGUCCGGGGCAGGCGCAGCGUUGUUGUGCGGGCCGCCAAGGAGCUGCACUUCAACAAGAACAUGGAGGCGCUGAAGCGCAUGCAGGCUGGUGUCGACAAGCUGGCCACUGUUGUGGGUGUUACGAUUGGUCCCAAGGGUCGCAACGUCGUGUUGGAGUCCAAAUUCGGUUCGCCCAAGAUCGUCAAUGAUGGUGUCACCAUUGCCCGUGAGGUGGAGCUGGAGGACCCCGUGGAGAACAUUGGCGCCAAGCUGGUCCGUCAGGCGGCGGCCCGCACCAACGACACGGCGGGAGACGGCACCACCACCGCCACAGUGCUGUCCGCCGCCUUCAUCGCGGAGGGAAUGAAGGUGGUGGCGGCGGGAACCAACCCCGUGCAGCUGACUCGCGGAAUGGAGAAGACCGUCACCGCGCUGGUGAAGGAGCUCCGGUCCGCCUCCAGCCAGGUGAACUCGGAUAAGGACCUGGCCAACGUGGCGGCAGUGUCCGCGGGCAACAACGCCGAUAUCGGCAAGCUCAUUUCGGACGCCAUGGCUAAGGUUGGCCGCCAGGGCGUCGUGACUAUGGAGGAGUCCAAGACGGCGGAGGACAACUUGGUGGUGGUGGAGGGUAUGCAGUUCGACCGCGGCUACUACUCGCCGUACUUCGUCACCGACCCAGAGCGCAUGCUGUGCGAGUACGAGAACUGCCGUAUCCUUCUAGUGGACAAGAAGAUCUCCACCGCCCGCGACAUCAUCGGCAUCCUGGAGUCCGCCAUUCGCGGCAACUACCCCCUGCUUGUGAUGGCCGAGGACGUGGAGCAGGAGGCUCUGGCCACCCUGGUGGUCAACAAGCUGAGGGGCACCCUCAAGGUGGUCGCCGUGAAGGCUCCUGGUUUCGGAGAGCGCAAGUCCUCAUACCUGGAGGACAUCGCCAUCCUGACUGGCGGUACGGUUGUGAAGGACGAGCUGGGUAUCACCUUGGACAAGGCCACUGAGGAGGUGCUGGGUGUGGCGGCCAAGGUGUCCAUCUCCAAAGAGCACUGCACCAUUGUGGGCGACGGUCGGACGCAGAAGGAGGUGGAGGCGCGUGUGAAGCAGAUCCGCAAUCUGGUGGCGGAGACGGAACAGGAGUACGAGAGGGAGAAGCUCAACGAGCGCAUUGCUCGCCUCAGCGGCGGUGUCGCCAUCAUCCAGGUUGGUGCCCAGACUGAGACCGAGCUGAAGGAGAAGAAGCUCCGAGUGGAGGACGCGCUCAAUGCCACCAAGGCGGCUGUGGAAGAGGGUGUUGUCAUCGGGGGUGGCUGCACGCUGCUGCGACUCAGUCAGAACGUCGACCAGAUCCGGGCCGCGCUGGAGAAUGAGGAGCAGAAGAUGGGUGCGGACAUCAUCAAGCGCGCGCUGUCGUACCCCAUCAAGCUCAUUGCCAACAACGCCGGUGUCAACGGCAGCGUGGUAAUGCAGAGGGUGAUGGACAAUAUCGAACAGCCUUACUACGGCUACAACGCCGCCACGGACAAGUACGAGGACCUCAUGGAGGCCGGCAUCAUCGACCCAACCAAGGUCGUCAGGUGCUCAUUGGAGAACGCCUGCUCGGUGGCCAAGACCUUCCUGUUGGCCGAUGUGGUGGUGACAGAGAUACCGGAGAAGGAGAAGGCGGCGGCGCCGGCUGCCGGCGGUGACUACGACUACUAA